AUGGAAUCAAAUUCUACUCCAGACGCGUCUGUUCCUUCCUCCCCGCUUCGUUCCCCAGUGCCGCCAUUGCACAGUCGAGGAUGUUGUGACGCGGCGUUUUUUUCCGCGUUUUUUUCGACGCCAGCAGGGACGCCUUUCAUUGGGGGUCCAGGUGUGUCCUCCCUUCCACUCCAACAGCUUACGAGCGCCCAAUUGAAGACUUCUUCUGGUCAAUCCCCCGCGCUCUCUCCCGCCGUCUCGUCGCUGGUUCCCAACUCGCCGGGUGUGUGUACAGCGCCGCCGAGUCCCACUCCUGCACUGGUUGCGUCAUCCUUGACAGCAUCUCUUCUCACACGCGACGUUUCCUUCUGGUGCGGCAAUCCUGCCAUUGAGCGUCUGAGCGGAACAUUGCGGUAUUUCUUGACUCCUUCCCAGGCAACUGCGGAGCGUCUGCUGCGCAAUCUCCCGCCGCCCGCUGCUGCGUCCCCCGCCAGCGGACUCCAGACUGCGGCCUCGUCGGUUUUUUUCCCGUCAGGUGGAGAAAUCGGACAGGCCGGUCGUCUCAUUCAGCCUUCUCCACCCGACGGGUCGGGAAGCGCCGGGCCCGCGCCUUUCUCGCAGAAACAAAAGUGCAACGCGUGCGGCUGCGACGUCUGGCAGUGGCUGCAGGAAGAGUGCGUGCUCGUCGCCCCCAGAGUUCCCAGCUACAUUUCGCCUGCCGAGUUUUGCGACUUCCUAGCGCCAUUCAGCCGCCGCCUCCUGCAAGCGAAAGUUCUUCACGGCCCGACUACGGCGGAAUACCUCGUUCUGCUGCACUGCAACCGCCUCACGGCCGUCGAUGCGAUUGCCACUUUCAACGGAGUUCCCCUCGUCGACGGAGACUCCGCCGUCUGUGAGCUGCGAAUCGUCAAAGAGGUUCUCUUCGACGUGGCGUCUCCACUGUCCGGGAAAAAAGUGAGCCCGGAUACCAACAACGCCUCGUUUUCUUGCUCACCUGCUGAACCGCCUUCGUGCCCGCCUUCGGGGCCGCCGCGCCUUCAGCAGGCGGAACGAAAAAAAUCUGGAAAGCCACGGGGGACUUUGCCGGAACCGACGAGCACACUUGCGCUCCGUUCUCCCCGUCCCCAGUACGCCGCGUCUGGAGAAGACGCCAGAGAGAAACGAGGGGCCUCUCUCCAUCUGUCGGAGCCGGAAUCGUGUCGGCGACCUAUCCCCGGCGAAGGCAGCCGCGAGCGGAGCGCGCGGCGCCGCGAACCGUCUCGGAGCGUACGGACAGCCAGUGAAGCUGCGACUUGGGACAGAGCGGGUUCACCCGAUCCUGACCGGGACUGGAGUUCUUUCUCUUUUCGAUCUGCAACUACCGCGCCGCUUCAUUCGCCUGAAUGGGGAGAAGCGGACGACCGAGUUGGCGACGGCCUCGUCGGCCUCGGCGGCGAGCUGUCUGUGGGAGAGAGCGACCAGCUUCGCGGGCAGCACGUCCUCACUCGCGAGCCUUGCGGAGGACUGCAGUUUUUUCUCCAGCGAACGCAAGAAGAUACCCAGCAGGAAUUCUGUGCCGUCUGCCUAGAACGCGUUCAAAUCCCCACGGCUCCCGUCGCCCCCGCGUUGCCGGCGAGCCUCGGGCCUCCUUCGAAUCCUAUCGCCUUCCUGCAAGCCCGAGAAACGGACGAUGAGUCGCAAGAGUCUCAAGGCGGACGUCUCGCCGCUGGCGCCUCUGGGUGCUCGCCGCCGCUGGCCUCUAACCCCGCCUUCACGGCCCCAGCUCUCUGUGCAGCUGGCGGAGGCGCGGGUGGGAACGCGGGGAACCCGUUGUCUGUUUCGACGUCCGACUUGCCGUUUUCUUUAGGUGAGGGCUCGCUGUCGAGCGCUGUCGAGAAGGGGGUAGGCGGCGCGCAGGGAGGACACGCAGCUCUUCCAGGCGUCGCCGUCACUGUGCUUUGCGGCCACUCGUUCCACUCGAGUUGCUUGAGGAAGUGGAGUGACCCUUCCUGUCCUGUUUGCCGAUAUCAACAGCACCCUUACCAGCCGUGGUGCUGCUUCGUCUGUGGAAGUACAGAGGGCGUCCGCGCGUGUCUCCUCUGCGGCUUCAUCGGCUGCGGAGACACGCUGGCACCCUUAGGCGAGACAGCUUCAGAUGCUUCUGCUCUAGCUGCCCCCGCACAGGCUUCUUCGUCUUCUUUGGCGGGCACAGAACAGCGGGCAAACUCGGAAGUGCAAGGCGACGGAAGACUGGAAGCCCUCGCCGCGUUGGCAGACAGCUGUGGUAGGACGCAGGAAGGGAGAGAGAGUGGAGAAGCGGGAGGAGAGCUAGCCAACAGAAGCAUGGGAAGACCUGUACUGCGUUCGAGAGACGCCGAUCGUACGGGGAAGGCCGAUCCGCAGGCGUUUGUGGGAGAUCAGCAGACGGCGUCUGACGGAAUCGAGGCUCAAACUGAACGCGAUGACGAGCGAGGGCGAGAAGAGUCCACGAAUCCAGAAAAAAAGACCUGCGAGGAAAGAGAAACCCACGGCGGAGCAAGGGGAGAAAACAGUCUUUCAAAUGAAGUCGGGAGGAAGAAAGAAACCCACACCCCAGACAGACACAAAGAAGGGUGCUUCACACCGGGACACUCGCGACUGCACUUUGAAGAAACUUCACAUCCUCAUGCUUUAGAGCUGGGCACUGACUGCGUCUGGGACUUCGUGAGUGAGGGGUACGUACACCUGAUCGUGCAGAAGCGGUGCCAAGCGAAAGCGGCUCGUCUGAAGAAGGCAGAGUUCGGGUCAACAGAGAGGUGCGGCGCUCUUGGAAACAGCGAAUGCGCAGACUUGUUUGUUUGCCCGACAUGCCUGGAGAAAACUCGCGAGGGAGAACAAGCGACUCAGGAAGGAGGAGAUGACAAGGCCGGAAAGGAAACGCUUGCCGGCCUUCAAGACGCACAGUCUGCAUCCCCGGAAGCAUCUGAAGAAAGGCAGUCAAACUGGUGCUGUCUUUGCGGCAAGGGCAUCUGUGGGGGUUCGUCAGAUCUCUCGAAACCCGCGACGGGAUCUCCGGUGCUCCGAGACGGAGAAACAGACGACGGCUGCGGCGCCGGUGGCCGCACACUUUCUGAGGAGCCUGCCUCUUUCGAUGCGUCGUCUAAGAGAGAGCGAGGCGUGUCGGAACCAAGUGCACGCGAUUCGCCGCCCUGCACAAACUGGAAAAAAGUUAGUGGCUGGGUCGUUGAGUUCAACCACAUGCUCGCCGCCUCGCUAGACAGCCAGCGCGACUACUACGAGGACCGGCUUCAGCGCAUGGCGCAGAUGUAUGCACAGCCUCUGGCGGAGUGCCAGGCGAGUGUUUUGACAGCCCAGCAAACGGUCGCUGAACUCGAGGCGCAGGUGACCAAGGAGGAGACAGCUCUGGCUGCACUGGAGGCCGACACGACCGCCCUAGUUCAGGAGAGUGGUCGCUUGGCGACUCAGAAUGCUAUGCUUCAGCAGUUGCACGAGCGACUUCAGCAGGAAGCGAGCGAAGCUCGCAAGAAGGAAGAAGAGGAAAAGAAAAGGCUGGCGGAGAGAAUUCAAGAACGCCUUGCAGAAAUCGAGGAUCUAAAGCAGCAGAUACGCGAUGUCUCUUUCCACGUCCAGGCUUCGGCAAGCCUGUCGGUUGUCCCUGAGGCCAAGGAGUCCUACGUACUUCUAGGGCAACGCGAGGAGGUAGGUAGUUCGAGAGGCACUCGUGGCCAUUCGAAUCGAGAAGCAGGAGGUCCAGGCGGAGUGACGGCAGGCGGUGGCUCAGGCUGUCGGCGCGGGGAGAGGCGCAGAGGAGGCUGUGCAAGGCGAUAA